UAGGGGCCGCCUUCGUGUCCAUAGCGACGGCGGCGGCGGCGGCCGUCGGCUUGCUUAAGAAGGCGCCGCCGCCGCCAGGAUCUUGGAGCUAGGAGUUAACCCCGAGGGGGAGCGGGCUCCCCCUCGCGACGGCGGGGACAGACAGUCCUGUGGAACGACGAGACGGUCCCCGACGUCCAGCAACGCCCAGGAAGAGCCGCAGCGAACGAGCGGCGGCCAUGAGCGACCAGCCGAGUCCAGCCCGGGGCUGCUAGGGGCAGCUCCAGCAGCCCCUGAGCUCUCCUCAAAACCUCGGGUGGGCAGUGUCUGCCAAUCUGAGAGGAUGGAGCCCAAUACCUGUAAGACCAGUGAAUCUGAGGAGGAUGAUAUUGAGGAAGAAGAAUCUGAGGAAGAAUGUGUUAGAGAGGAAUCUACCACCCCUAAUUCUACCCAGCAGGCACUUGAAAAGGACGACUAUAAAGAAUUUGAGAAUGAGGUUGCCUUAUCUGUUGUAGCCAAGAAAAUUCCAAAGAAAAUAUUAAGUGCAACAGACACAGAUGAUUUGGAAGCUGGGAGGAGAAAAAGAAAGCGGAAACGAAGACCUCUGGCCAUCAACCUGACAAACUGCAAGUAUGAGAGUGUGCGCCGGGCAGCCCAAAUGUGUGGCCUGAAGGAAGUAGGGGAGGAUGAAGAAUGGACUGUGUACUGGACAGACUGUUCUGUCUCACUGGAACGAGUCAUGGACAUGAAGAGGUUUCAGAAAAUCAACCACUUCCCCGGCAUGACAGAAAUCUGCCGCAAAGAUCUGCUGGCUCGGAACCUCAACCGCAUGCAGAAGCUAUACCCUACUGAGUACAACAUCUUUCCACGCACCUGGUGCCUCCCUGCAGACUAUGGGGACUUCCAGGCCUACGGUCGUCAGCGGAAAACCCGCACUUAUAUCUGCAAGCCAGAUAGCGGCUGUCAGGGGCGUGGCAUCUUUAUCACCAGAACCCCCAAGGAAAUCAAGCCAGGAGAGCAUAUGAUCUGCCAGCAGUACAUCACCAAGCCCUUCCUCAUUGAUGGCUUCAAGUUUGACAUGCGAAUCUAUGUUCUGAUCACUUCCUGUGACCCUCUCCGGAUCUUCGUGUACGAGGAAGGCCUGGCCCGUUUUGCCACCAUGCCGUAUGUGGAACCUAGCCAUAACAACCUGGAGGAGGUCUGCAUGCACCUGACCAACUAUGCCAUCAAUAAACACAAUGAGAAUUUUGUCCGUGAUGACGCUGUGGGCAGUAAGAGGAAGCUGUCGACACUCAAUGCCUGGCUGCGAGAGCACAGCCAUGAUCCCCGAGAGCUGUGGGGGGACAUCGAGGACAUCAUCAUCAAAACCAUCAUCUCAGCCCACUCUGUGCUUCGCCACAACUACCGAACCUGUUUCCCCCAAUAUCUGUGUGGAGGUACAUGUGCCUGCUUUGAGAUCCUGGGGUUUGACAUCUUACUGGACCACAAGCUCAAGCCCUGGCUUCUAGAGGUAAAUCACUCCCCAAGCUUCACCACAGACUCCCGUCUGGAUCGAGAGGUGAAAGAUGCACUUCUCUGUGAUGCUAUGAACCUUGUCAACCUCCGGGGCUGUGACAAAAGGAAGGUGAUUGAAGAAGAGAAACGUCGAGUCAAGGAGAGGCUUUUUCCAUGCCACCAACAGCCACGAGAAACCAGGCGAGAACAGAUUGAAUCAUCCCAAGCUGCCAUGCAUGACCAGGAGCGCUAUGAAGAUUCCCACCUUGGGGGAUACCGGCGGAUCUACCCAGGGCCUGACUCAGAGAAAUACGCACCCUUCUUCAAGCACAAUGGCUCUCUCUUCCAAGAGACAGCUGCCUCCAAGGCCAGAGAGGAGUGUGCCAGGCAGCAACUGGAAGAGAUUCGCCUAAAGCAGGAACAGCUGGAGAACCCAAGCACCAAGAAGCGCAAAGAAAACAAGGAGCAGAACCAGGGAGAAUCAGCUGGGGAGAAAAGCCGAUCCAGAACAGCUACACGGAUCCUUGCCACCAACCUGGCUUACAGGAACCGGAACCGGGAGAAAGAGCUGCUACCAGUACAACUGGACACUAUGCAGCCUCAGGACAUUGUGGAAGAGGAAGAGCUUGAGCGGAUGAAGCUCUUGUUACAAAGAGAGAAUCUCAUCCGAAGCCUGGGCAUUGUAGAGCAGCUCACUCGGAUGCUGUACCCCAGCCACCGGAGCCACAGAAAGCUUCAUGAGUAUCGGCCUAGAUUUCACCAGGACGGGCUGAGCAGUCAAGAACUGCAACCUGUGAAUUUGGUCCCAAUGGUGUUCCUGAGAGGGGCUGCCUCAGAGCAGAUCCCUCCUCAUUUCCUGCAACCACUUCGGCCCCACGAAUUGAUCCCCAGGAUCUUAGGGCCACUAUCAAGCAUGAAUCCCGCAAUUGCACAGCAUUCCCGGUACCAUCUUCAGCCCAAGAACUUCAACUGGAUAGGAGAUCCAGCAGCCACUGGCCCCUGUUCAUUGUCAAUGAAGAAAUCUGGGAGGCACUAUUUUUCCAGCUCUAGAGUCAGGCUCACUAGCCAAGGCCAAGCCAGCAGAAGGCUAGAAGCCAUAAACAGAGCCCUGUCAGGAUCAGUGCCACCCACUUUAACCCCAAAGCAGGGCUAUCUACUGCAGCCCGAGAGACAGGAAAAUGGCUCAUGGACUGAAUGCUGCACCUUGCCCUCCAUGGUAAACUCUGAACACAGAGGAACCAAGGCUGGGGAUCUCACCCUAUGCCCUGCCUCUGCACCAGUACUGCAGCAUUCCAGCCCACUCCUCAACAUCAUCCAACACAGGUAAAAGAAGGAAAGCCCAGCAGGCAACCAAAAGAGUAAAUGGUCUUCAAUCUAUGCUAAUUGAAAGACUGCCAACAAGUUCCAGUUUGGAAAGCCCUGGCCACGACCUUUGUUUGCAAAAGGCAAAAAACACGGAGACACCAAGAAUUCUUCAACAUUCUAAGAUUCUUUGGGGAUCGGUAAAGACUAAAAGAUGAAGAGCUAAGGCCAGCUUGUAUGCAUCUCUGCUCAUCAUGCCUUAGGCUGAGUUUAUCCCUAAGCAAUGGGUCUGAACCCUGGGUGUGGCUUGGGGCUGGAGGUCACUGGGCAACAAGGAGUUCCUUUCCCAGAGGAGUCAAAAGCCCAAGGUACGGUGUAGUCGCCAUCAGAAGAUUGCUGAGGGUUCGCCCUUCCUGCCACAGUGGCAGAAUCAGGCAGGCCUGGGCAGCCUGUGCCAGAGGGGCGGCUCUGGGCAAACUGAACCCGUCUUUUUAUUAAAGUUUAUGUCGUUUUCCAGG